UCUCAACCGCUGUUCGCGCGCUUCGCUCCCUCCUUCACCCACCCUAGGCCCUAGCCCUUUACCCCUCCCCAUUACUUCGUCUCAGUAAUUGCGAACACCAGUCAUCGCAGCCGUCGUCGCUUCAGCUCGCCGUCCGCCGUCCGUCGCCCGUCGCCGUCGCCGUCGCCGUCGCCGUCGCCGUCUUCGACUGCGCGCCGGCUCCAUCGAGCUGAGGAUAGGGUUUCCGUGCCGCUCCCCGGGGGAAUUCGCCGCGAGCGGCGAUCGAAGCCGCGCCGUUGAUGAUCGGCGAUCGAGAGAAGAAUGGAGGCGGCGGUAAGAAAAUUCCAGCAGAAGUUCAAGAAAGUCCGGGAGGAGAUGGAUCGUUGGGGGGAGCUUCAACUUCGUCUAGUCUCCCAGUUCAGGAACGCCUCUUCGAUUAUGGACAGAUUACAGGUGAUUCGAGAUGGUAAGAACUACGGUCCCCUGAAAGCUGUUGAUGGCAUUGGUGAAGCUGUUUGGACUAAGCAGGUGGAGUCAUUGGAAAACAUUAUGCUUUCAAUGAGGAAGACCAUGGAGGAGUUUCAUGGUGUUGUCAUGUCUCUUGAAAAGAUCCAUCGAGACAGCAAGCAACUAGUUAAAGGGGGAUCCGGCCAGCCCAGUGUCAAGUAUCUGCAGCAGCAAGUGGGAGUAAAACCAUGUCUUCAAGAUUGCUUGGAUGGGCUUAUGAUUCUCUAUGAGAUGCACCGCUCAGAGUAUUUUCUGAAAUCCUCAGUUGUAUCAGCACUUUCAACUCUAGCCUUGAAACCAAGUGCGAGUGACCUGCAUGCACUACAGCAACUUUUGGUUGAUCAGCCUAACAUUCCCAAAGAGGAAGUGCAAUUCAUCUAUGACAUCAUAUUUGCCGAAGAAAUCUGCUGAUGCCCAAUAUGAUGCAGUCACAUGCUGGAUAUCCAUGGGUUCGAGCAGUUCCCUCGUGGAAUUUUCCCUUCGGGAUUCCAGGAAAAGAUGGGUUUAUUGAGGUUCUUCCUUCAACCCAUUUGACUACCUGAAGGAGCACUUGGCUUAGUUCUAAUUUCUUGAAGCCUCCCAUGAAAGCCAGCACGUGGAAGAUGAUGUUUCGGGGUUCAAUUUUGUACCGACAUAUGUCCGUCUUGUGUUCCAGGAGGAUUCUUGAAUUCGCAAUACACAGAUAUCACCAAGUUUUGAGAUUGCAUAUGCACAGUGCUUGCAUUCCCAGGACAUGGUGUAGCUCAUUAAUUGUCGGGAUGGCUUAUCGCCAUAGAACUUUAGGGCUCUC